ACCAAGGUGAAUUUUAUAAACAGGACUGUCAUGGCUCUUGACACUGACCGACAUUAAUAAUGUAGAGGCGUUUGACGAGAAAAUAAUAAGAGUUUCACAAUGGCUCACCCGUCUGACCACAGUCAGGAGUUGGACCUUCUUAAGUCAAUCCUAGAACACACAGGUGGCAUUAACCAACUGUAUAGCACCUCAGAGUUUUCUAGCAGAUCAAGCUCUUUUAUGGGAAGACCUGGUAGCAGAAGAAGCUGCCGAAGCAACAGUAGUAAUAGGAUGGAAAGAGAGAGUGGAAACAGUACAAGCAGUGACAGUAGCAGAAGCAGUGAUGAUGAAGAAAAUGUGAAGCGAAAAUCUAAUAAGAAAAACCAUGAGCACAGACAUGGACAUAAGCAUCACCAUGGGCAUGGCCAUAAACAUAAGCAUCAUCACAGACACCAUCACCAGAAAGUAGAAGAGAAACGGUUCUCCAAGGUAGAAAGCAGUGCCACUGCUAAGCUACAAGAGAAGUAUCAAGAACUCCAGCGCUUAUUAAAUGAACAGUAUCUGACCCAUAAGAAUGCGUUGUUGGAGGACCAGCUAAAACACAGCAGGUCUCUACUAACACAUUAUCUGACCAACAGCCGCUGGAAUACUCCUCCACCAGAGUGGGCAGAUAAACACCUGAAGAAGACCAGAGAGGUCAAGGUGCCCUCCCCUCGCUAUGAUACUGGGACCCAGACCAAGAGCGAUGAUAAUAGCUCUAAUGGCUCGGGUGUUCACCAAGAACCCAAAGAAGUUAAAGUCAGAGAGAAAGUUAAAAGAAAAGGGAAAACACAGAAGGUGGUUGUUGAUCAGGAGGAUACUAGAAAACAGGACAAAGGUGCUUGCGGUGAGACAGGAAAUAAGGGUGAUGUAUCUAAGCUGGAGGAAAGUUUAAAGCGGGUCACCUUUGCUAACCAAGAGGCGGAAAGUGUGACAAGUGGCGACAGAGACCCUGAUUUAGUCAUCGACACUGUGGAGCGUGAGAUUGCACUUAAAACUGUCCUGAAAGAAAAUGGUGAAAAGAAAACAAAGCCAAAAAAGCAACAGAUCACAAAGUCUUCCAAAAGUAAAAAUAAAGACUUGACUUCCACUGAGAGUGCAAUUAAACAAAAGUCUGAUAAGUCAGCCUCUCCCACAAGAAGCAGGACUCCUAUUGUUCCUACUGACUCUCACCUUGAGAGCACCACAAAUGAUGAAAUUAAGAAGUGGUUACUGGAAAAAAAGAGACUUGAGAGAAAGAAGCGUGCUGCACAGCGAGCUAAGGAUAGAGCAUUUAGAAAAGAACAAGAGGAACUGCUAGAUUUCAAGCGACAUCGUCUGGAGGAAUCUGCUGUUGAGUUUGAUAAGUGGAAACACAGCAAAGAAGUCGAGAUUAGGCUUCUUAGAAAGAGAGAAAGAAUUUCAAAAGGCAGACCCACUGAAUACUCUCCAAGUACCCCGCUCAACAUGUCUCCCAGGGGUAAGACCUCUGGUAGUCCCCAGGCACAACGUACCCCAUCUCCUGUGACAACCACCCCAAGAGCUUCCCCCAGGACCCCAAAAGAGACCCCAAAGGAUGAAUCACAUCAAGAUGAUGCCAAUAACGAGAAAAAGCAAACUGAAGAAGAGGAGAAAAAGAAAACAAUACAAGAGGCUGACAUUCCUGACACACUAAGAAACAAUAUACAUACCCAGAAAAUUGCAGAAGAGAUCAAGCGCCAGUCGAAAAUAGCUAAGGAAGCGAGAGAGAAGGCACUGCGUGGGGAAGAGGUUGAGUAUGGAUACAAGAAACCAGUAGCUGAAAGUAAAGUCGAUAGAGCAAAAAGGAUAAGUCUUCAGAAAAAGAAAGCAAAAGAAGAAGAGGAGAGAAAGAAAAGGGAGGAGGAAGAGGCCCAAAAGAAACGGAUCUCAUAUGAAGAUUGGCUUAAAGUUAAAAAGCAGGAGGAUGAAAAAAGGAAGAAAAGGGAGAAGAAACUUGAGGCAGAAAAACGGAAAAACCUUGAUCUGAAAGAUGUCAUACCCAAUUUAGCCAAGCAACGUAUUGACAGAGCAUCAGAAGGAAAAGGGAAGCGAGUUGACAGUGGACUAAACAAAAGCGAAGAUCACGACAAUUCCAGAAGUGAAAAUGAAACCAAUGUACAGAGUGGAACCGAGUCGACAGGUUCUCCGCCAACACCAAAAUAUGUCUGGAAGCCAAAAGAUCACAGCUCAGACGACAAAGACGUAAUAGACAAAGUAAGUGACGCUAAUAGGUCCUUCCCACGUGCUCGUCCACCAUCGGCUCGCCCAGUAUCAGCAUCGCGUCUCUCCGCAAGAAUACCAAAUCCACCCAGACCUUCAAAAUCGCCCGUUCCGCCCAAGAAUCGAACUGACCACAUUACUGAUGAACACCCAAAUCCGUUUUCUUCGCCAGUGCCCCCUCACCCGAAAACCGCGGGUCCAAACAGUCCUGCGUUUAGGCGGCACCAGUUUGGAAAGCAGAAAGGAGACGCACUGAAAGGGGAACGCCCAGAACCACAGGGGAGUGAUCAGCCCGCCGCUAGAGGGCAUUGUGGCGGUGAUUCUCAACCAUCCGCACAGAAGUCUGCUCCUGAUAUAACUGUGGAAGACAUAGAUGGAGACUCGUUGAAACAGAACAAUUCAAAUGGAAACAAUAACAAUCAUGAAGGAAAACCUGAAGUGGUUGUUGAAGUGAAAAGGUCUCUCUUCCUGACUAGCAUAGAUUAGUCAAAUAGUUUUUAUAGUUUGUAGCAGUAUAGUUAAAUUGUAGCAGUAGUUUAGUAGUAGCAGCUAUACAUACUGCAGCGGUAGAAAUGAAGCAUCGUUUCAAUUUAAAUGUGAUAUUUCAUUUGUGAUUUACGGAUUAACCAAAGAUAUUUUUCUGUGCAAUUGUUAUUCCACUUGCUGCUUCAUAGGAGCUAUUUUUUCUUGCGUUUUGCCAACCAUUGUGAGAUUAGAUGAGAUGUGUUUGAUUUUUUUCUUUUUUUUUGUCUUUGAGCGAUCAUAUAUAUAGAUCGAAUGUGAUGGUGGAUAUUCAUAAGCGUGCUAUCACUGCUGCUGUACAAAUGUAGAUGGGGUCUUUUUAUCAGUGGGUUUCAUCAUUGCUGCACAUGCGCGCUUGUACGCACACGCAUGUUAUCAGCUUCCAAAUAUUAAAGAUGUAUUUUUGCACAACAUAUCGCCGUAGGCACCAACACAUUAUUGUAAGGUUCAUAUGUGACAUUUUUACCCCAUAUAUGAUACUCUUAGCAUUUUGUUCUCAAGACACUUUUUUAUUUUUCAUAAUUGUGUACGUAGGUUACUGUAGAUAUUAAACAAUGUAAACGCACAUUUUCAAAAAGAAACAUUCCAUUCAUGUGUUUACAAACUCUUAUAAAAAUAGAUUUAUGCCAUAAGUCUUUGUACUGUUGUUUUGUUUUGUAGUUGAAUGAACUUGUUCCCAUUUCUGUUACACUUCAUUGUAGUAGAACGGUAUGGAUUUUGUUCUUGUUUCUAUGUUAAUGUAUCUUAAAUUUGUUUUUCAUCAUAACAUUUGCUCAGCAAAUAAACGCUAGACUUUUCAAAAGAAAUGGCCUUAUUAGUUCAACAGGUGAAAGAAGAUAAACUUUAAUGAA